AUGACUCCAGCAAUCGUAGCGGCACACUGGCCUUCACUCCCUUCUGGCCCCGGGGUAGCGGCGCAACAACAGGCUGCUACUAAGCAGUCAAAGAUAUCCAUUGAGGAUAUCGGAGGUGCAAUACUAGACAUACCUUUCGCAAGGCCUUUCAGCUUACCUGACCAGUUCAAGAAAGCUCUCAAUCAAUGCUCCUUAAGCGGUAGAUGCCAUAUCAUCCGAGGUAAUCGGAUCACGCUCUACUGUGAUGUUGCUCACACGGUCAGAAGCAUGGCUUCCUGUGCGAAGUGGUUCUUGUCUAAAGCUGGCACUGAGAGGGAAGGAAUCGAUGGCCGUGUAACCCGUGUCCUUAUGUUUUCCAUGAGGCCCAAACAACAUUCACCUGAGAUUCUUACUCAGCUGUUGGGAAUUGAUUUUGACGCAGCUCUGUUUUCUCCAAGUUGGACAAAAUAUGGAGAACUGGACGAAGCACAUUCCACGCGCUUUUACAACCCGGCAUACCAACGCACGCCGAAAGAGGAGCUUCUCUCCUCUCACCAAACUCGAACGAUGUUUGAGAAUGUUCGUGCAUCGAGAGCUCCGACCAAUAAGGAGACGCCUAUCGUCAAGGAAUUCCCGUCGACGUCAACGGCUCUUCAGUGGCUUGUGGGCGGCAUAGACGAUACUCCUCCGCGUCUGGAAUCGUUGGCGCCGAAGUCAGACGAUCAUUUCAAUGGCGGGAACCACAUCCAGGUGCUCGUGACUGGAUGUAUUCCUAUAGUUGGUAGCAUCAUCAAAAUAUUCCAACCUGAGGCUGUCCUUGACUCUAAGAACAGAGUGUGACUGUGUUGGAUUUUUUUUUCUUACCUCAAUCAGAGGUACUUUUUUCUUCAUAUUCCUUUUUCAUUUUAACAAUUUCUUUCGAGACACAGUGCCUGUACAAAACAAGUUACAUAUAAACAUGCAGUAAACAUCAACUAUUUAAUCUAAAAUGUAAUAAAGAUGAAAUUUCUAUAUCGGGUAAAAGUUUUUGGAUUUUAAAGUGCCAGCAACUUGACGAGAUACGAUAUAUUGCCAGGUCGACUUAUAACGCUAUAUAAUAUGUCGACAUGGCGAGAUACGUCGGUAUAUAAUAACGGUAACGUGAAUCGCCUUGACGACAUCUUUUUUUAUGUCGACUUGGUAUGUCGACAUGUCACUUUUUUAUAAUGAGACUUGGCAAGAUAAUAUACUUUAUCAUCUUUACAUCUUGCUCCAUUAUCUAUUUAUUACUACCAAUUUUCCGUUUGGUUAUAUUUGCCGUUUUGAUACAGAAACUGAAUAUGCGAUUAUUUUUUGUACAAUAUUUGAUCCAUUAUGUUGAACUGCAUCUUAUUGGAGUUGAAUCAUAACUUUAUUUAUCUUGGGAAUCUGCAGGUAUUAGUGUUCCGUAUUUCGCGUUUCUCACUCUUACAUUAUUGUACUUUACAUUAUCUUGUAUUGAUCAUUUGCAUUAUUAUUUACAUUGAAUAAUGUAACUGAAUAUUUCAUUGAUAA